CCGCUUCCCCCACAGCCACGUCGCAACUACGCUGCAGACGAGGAAUGCGCAAAGGACGCUCUCCUAUUGCUCUCAAUCAGCGGCGGGGGUCUCUGUCUCCGGCAAACCCCUCCGGCGAAGCCCGUAUACAUAUGCGACCAGUGUGGGGCCAAGUUUUCUUCUCACCAAGCCCUCGGAGGCCACAAAACCUGCCACCGCCAGAAGCCGCCGGCCGCCGCCGCCAAGAGCUCCGGCGAGAAGCCCCGUUAUGUGUGCAACAUCUGCGGGGCAGUUUUUGAGAGCGGUCAAGCACUUGGCGGGCAUCAACGCAAACAUUAUCUGGAGGAGCUUGCAGCCGCUGCCGCUAGUGAAAGCCGGCAGUCAAAGUCGAGCGGCAGUAGUGGUGACGUCACUAUUGUACAAGAAACGGUUCGCCGGGGUCUAGACUUUGACCUCAACCUGCCCUAUCCGUUUGCUGAUUGA